AUGGAAAAUAAAGGGAAGGCGGUGAUGGAGGACAAAGGGAUUAAUGGGCCAAAACAAGCCCAAAUGACACAAGAAUGGAGGCCGGUUGGCCUCACGGGUGGCAAAUCAGCAACAAGCCCAUCAAUUCCGGUGGCCAGCUCGUCCACCUCGCCGGUUGAUCCUUGGCCAAAAUCUCAGUCCAACUUAACGCAGAUUCGAUCUGUUCUUGGUCAAAACAAUACUUCCAUCCAGAUAAUUUCGGUGCCGGAGCUUGAUCUGAAACAGAAAGAAAAUCAAAACCCCAACCGCGAAGAGUCGUCAAUCCGUCGUCAUUAUGCUAGGAAAACUAAGCCCCCCUCUUCGAAUCAGCAAGGGAUCCAGCUUAGAACGUCCAAGAAGGCUCUACAGAUUCACAGUCCGUCUUAA